AUGUUAUCACAACGAGAGUACGAAAAGCUUAAAUGGCAAUUAAAGAAUAUUCCAUCAACAAUUAAAGGACGUCCACGACAAAAUCUUCGAACAACACUCCGAAAAAAAAUACACGAACAUGAAUUAGCAUCAACAUAUCCAACAUUUACACCAUCAAAUUUCCAACAAUUUUUUAUAAAUUUUCAAACAACUGAUUUAACACUUCUUCAUCUUAUUGAAGCUUGUGCAGCUUCAACAAAUUUUAUUUUGGAUACAGAAUCAGUUGGUAUUUAUCGAGGUCCAAACAAACCCGCACUUAUUCAGAUUCAAAUCAUAUUACCAACUUCGAUUUCUUAUGUAUUGAUCAUUGAAGUUUGUCAUUUACCACCUAUCCAUGAAACAACAUUCCAACUUAUUAAACAAUUUUUUACAACAUUGUUUUCUUCAGGAAAAACAAUUUAUAUUUGGGGAGAAAUUGAUGAAUUAAAUGAUUUUACUACAACUGGACUAUUUACUCUUGAUCAAAUUAAACUAUCAAAUAAUAACAAUUUUCAAGAUGAAUUUAAAGAUUAUUGGACCAAGAAACAUUCUCAUCAAACACGAUCUCAACGUUCAACAAAUGAAUUACCAUGUCAAUGUGAAUCAUGUUUAGGCAUUAAUCCAACUGAUACAUGGUCUUUACAAAAUGCCGUCGCAUAUGAACUUCAUCAAUGGUUAGAUAAACGUUUUACUCGUUCAAGUUUUGAUAUCGGUCUUGAUCCACAAUUAUAUCAUUUUAAUACAAAUGAAAUCGAACAUCGUACACAACUUACUCAAAAUAUAAUUGAACAACAACCAACAAUCAUUGAUGUUGAACAGAUUUCAUCAGAUGAAUCAGAACCUGAACGUGAACCUCAACAAUACAACUUAUUAUCGGAAGAAGAACGUAAACGAAUACACAAUCGUUCAUGUACACUGAAACAAAGAAAACGUUAUUAUCAAAAUAAAAUUAUAAUUAAUAAUAUUGACCGUCGUUUUAAAAUCAAACAAAUAAAAGCUAUUAUUCGAUCUUACGACGUUCCAUUCUUUGCCGUUAAUUUUUCAACAUCAUCGACAACAAGACAACGAUCAUUACACAUCGGCAUACGAGAUUUAUCACAAAUUGAACAUUGUCAUAAUUGUAUAAAACAUUUAUUUACAACAUCUCAUUUUAAUGAAUUUAUAUCUAGUCAACGAAAUAGAUCAUCUUAUAAAGAUGAUCGAACAAGGAGAUCGGAAUGA